AUGCCAAAGAAAGACAAGCAGCCCGUGGAGACGGUCGAGCACAUGGAUCAGGAACAUGAACGACCAGAUACCGCGUACACCUCCAGGUUCAAGGAAGGCACAAUGGACAGUAGGGCCAGCAUCCACCCGCCGCCAGACGAGCUGUGGAAGGACCUUAACAUAGAACACAUGAUCGAGCGCUUCAACGAAGAGGCAGGCGCGCCCGCUCCCACAUUCUCUGCCGCUAUUCCAACCAUCUCCGCCGUCACACAAAAGAGACCCGCAGCUGCAUCACGCGCCGCUUCUGGUAGCAGCUACAACACAUCAACCGACGUAACAACUGAGUCGGCGCCCGAAGGCACUUUCAGUCGCCUCUCCCGUGCUCUGACCUCCUGGUUCAACGGAGCCGGCGCAAGCUUCAGCUCGUUGGGCAAGCGCAAGGCAGGCAGCGAGAUGGCGGAGCAUAGUCCAGCGGACAAGGCGCUACAUGACCGCAAGAAGGAAGUUGAGGAGGCGUACAGGCUCGCGAAAGAGCAGGGUCUCCUGCCUACGCCCAAGGUCUUUGUGCGGCCUGCGUCGAGGGCGAAACCAAUUAAUGGUAAGUCCUCCUUUCUACGUAUAGAUGGAAACAAUCAGUCUAAUCUCUCGCUAGGUUCUCUCGCCUCCUCUGUUCCCGCUACGCCUACGCCCAAUGGCCUCACGCUUGCUACCACUCCACGAACACCUGCACUCUACAAGACUCCUUCGAAGCGCGAUCUCCAUAAGCAGAAGAAACUCAGCAAGCGUGUCUCCAACCUAGAACACAAGCUCCAAGAAGCGCGCAAAGAACUGUCAAUCGUUCUCGGUCCACACAAUCCAAACCCAGUGCCGCCGCUGCCCACUCUACCUACAAAUCUACCUCCGACCCCCACGACCAAUCCCUCCUUCAGCGCUUCUGAAGCAUCACCGCAAUCAGCCACAGAAGUAAAAAGUGCGACUCCUACCACAGAUGCUAAGAUCGGCAAGAUUGUGAAGAAACGCAAAGCCAUCCGCGAAGGCGAUACCGAUGGCGAAUACAAGCCCAUUCCCACCGACACAGACACCGACACCGAUUAUUCACAUGCUCGAGCAUCUGAAUCCGACGCACCAUCUACCAAGAGAACCAAGAUCACCCCGCCUAAGAAGUCGAUCAGGAAGAAGUCUACGCGUUUGACGAAGAAGAAGACAAAUACCACACAGAGAGUCGAGAAAGAGCAGGUUGUUACCGUGGUCCCGGACGGUGUUGCUGUACCUCCCAUCCCAAACAUUCCAACUGGAGUUCGGGGCAAGAGAGUACAAGUAAGUGAUGAUGGGUACGGGGGGUUUGAACAUGAGAUGUUCUGA